CCCAAUACGUGUAAAUUAAUUGGUUUACGUGAAAGUUUAUCAGCGUCUACAAAUGGCGGGAAAGAUACUGGGAUUUUUAGGGGUUUUUUUGUACUAAUAAUUGGCGGCGAUCAGUGACUUAUGGCGGCGAUCAGUGACUUAUGGCGGCGAUCAGCGACUUAUGGAGGUGAUCAGUGACUUAUGGGUGGCAAUCAGUGACUUAUGGAGGAGAUCAGUGACUUAUGGCGGCGAUCAGCGACUUAUGGAGGCGAUCAGCGACUUAUGGAGGCGAUCCAGCGACUUAUGGUGUCGAUCAGCGACUUAUGGAGGCGAUCAGCGACUUAUGGAGGCGAUCAGCGACUUAUGGUGGUGAUCAGCGACUUAUGGAGGCGAUCAGCGACUUAUGG